AUCGGAGAUCAAUUCCGAUGAACGGUUGUCAGACGCGGAAGUAGGAACCGAGUAAGAUGUCGACACAUUUUCCGUCCUCUCUGCAGGCUGUGGUUUGGUUUCCGCUCCACUGGAGUUUCCUCUGCGGUUAUGGACCGUGAACUCAGCGAUAAGGUCUGCUAGUGACAGCUCGGAGCACUUCUAGGCAGGAAUGCGACUCCCCCACCGCUGAGCUCAAGAUGAGAGAGUGGUGGAUUCAUGUGGGUUUGAUCUGCAUCCCGCUGGUAGCCGUCUACCUGCACAUCCCGCCCCCGCAGCUGUCUCCUGCCCUGCAGAAGUGGCACAACGCCGGCGAGGUCUUCCACUUCAGAGGCAGGAAAAUCUUCUACAGAGACUCUUACGGUGCUUUAGGAAGCUCUGAUGUUGUCAUUCUGCUCCACGGCUUCCCCACCUCCAGCUACGACUGGAGCAAGAUCUGGGAUCCACUCACACAGCGCUUCCAUCGAGUCAUUGCACUAGACUUCCUCGGCUUUGGCUUCAGUGACAAGCCGCGGCCACACAGGUACUCCAUCUUCGAGCAGGCCAGCGUGGUGGAGGCCCUGGUGGCCCACUUAGGCCUGAGCAACCAGAGAGUGAACCUGGUCUCCCACGACUACGGAGACACUGUGGCCUUGGAGCUGCUCUACAGGAGUGACCAAAAUCGCACAGGUCACCUGAUAUUCAACAGUCUUUGUCUUUCCAAUGGAGGAUUAUUCCCAGAAACACACCACCCACGUCUGCUGCAGAGACUUCUCAAGGACUCCAGUAUUCUGGCUCCUGUUCUGACCCGACUCACAAACUACCUGAUCUUCCAAAAAGGGAUAGGAGAAGUGUUCGGUCCGUACACGCAGCCCACCGAUGCCGAGUUCUGGGACAUGUGGACGGGUUUACGCUAUAACGAUGGCAACUUAGUCUUGGACAGUAUCCUCCAGUACAUCAACCAGAGACUAAAGCACAGAGAGCGAUGGGUGGGCGCGCUCACUUCCACGUUCGUCCCACUGCACAUGAUCUACGGACCCUUGGACCCAGUCAACCCGCAUCCGCACUUCAUCCGUCUUUACCAGCAGCUGGUCCGGAGGUCGACUGUAACGGUCCUGGAUGAGCACAUCAGUCACUACCCUCAGCUGGAGGAUCCCAACGGCUUCCUGAACGCGUAUUUUAAUUUCAUUCACUCUUUCUGAAGGGACGUUCAAGAGCAAAUCCUGUUCAAAAGCUGACCAAAGCCUGAAAUAACCACCUACUGAUGAUUGUAAGCCAAGAGGUAAAAUGUGAGCUAAAGUCAAAAAAAUGAUCAUUUUAUUUGAUUUAUGAAUCCCAUGUGGAAGAUGAGAUUUUUAUGUUUUCAUUGAAGCUGUUGUCAGUAGGACACGUUUGAUUCCCUCCAUUUUCUUGUUGCAAUCAGCUGAGUUUUGAUAUAAUUUUUGGUUCAAAUAAAAUUAGUUUUAUAAAAAAAAAA